GCGGUACAGACGCGCACGCACGACUCUCAUCUCGCAGCAUUUCUCAUUUUCCCCCCCACGGCCCGCAUUCAUGUCGUCCGAUCUCGUUCUCCCUGGUCAGCCUAUUCCUCUCCCCCGCGGCCCCGUCCCACAGCUCGGGAGCGGCAUCUAUUCUAGGGAUGGCAAUAUCAGAGCAAGCCUCGUUGGCAUCCCGGGCUACGAAGGAUCUACUUUGUCAAUAUCGCGUACACGACCGCAUGCACCCUCUUCGAACUCUAUCGUGCUCGGUUCAAUAACGCGGCUUUCGCCCCAGCAAGCCACACUCUCUAUAUCCGUCGUUGAUGGUGUACCCUUGCCUCCAGGCGAAGAAUUCACAGGAGUGAUCCGUGUACAAGACGUCAGGGCAACCGAAAAGGAUAGGGUGAAGAUUGCUGACUGCUUCCGGGGCGGCGAUGUCGUGAAAGGGCUUGUCAUAUCAUUGGGUGAUGCACGUAGCUACUAUGUGACGACUGCUCGCAAUGAUCUAGGCGUUAUCUUCGCGACUAGUGAAUCAGGUGCAACCAUGGAGCCCGUCUCGUGGCAGGAAAUGCGGUGUCCACGGACAGGGAGGAUCGAAAAACGCAAGUGCGCUAAACCAGAGGGUCUGUAGACUUAGUCACAUCAGCAGUUGCAGACAUGCCAUCUUGUCCUCUGAGCAGCAUGUAUCAUACGCUUGUAUCGAUGUUUUUGUAGCACCCAUGUCCCUAGUAGUAGUCUCCUCCAGCGAGUAUCAAUGUGGGUGGACCUUGAA